AUGUCACUCGAGUGCAUCGCUUGCUCCACUGAAAAUAUGAUUGCAUCUGUUUGCAGGACUCCAGUUUCUAAAAGACCACGCAGACAAGGUUCUCUAUGGUUACCAGAGGAAGACGCCAAAUUGCUGGAAGCUGUACGGAAGUAUGGCGAGUCGAAAUGGGUAGAAAUAGCUGAGAUGGUUGGGACGCGGUCGAGAAAGCAGUGCAGAGAGAGAUAUAUCAAUCACUUGAAUCCAACUAUCGACAACUCAAAGUGGUCGACUGAGGAAGACAUGACCAUUCUUAGACAAUACGCCCUCAUCGGCUCAAAAUGGUGCUCAAUUGCUUCUUGCUUGAACAACAGAACGGCAAGAGCAACACGAAAUAGAUACUACUCACUUUCUAAUAAACAGAAGAAUGUGAGUUGCUUUACACCAUCCUCAGUAAGGUAUACAGUCGACGUUGGUGGAUAUCCAUGGUAA